ACCAGGUCGAGUGACGGUCAAUAACACGGCCCCGUUCAGAUUUUGACCGCUCUUGGCAACCCUAGACUCCCCACGAAACAAACACCCCUCAAACACUGAAACACCGAGCUGCAACAAUGGCGACCUCAGAGGAGAAACCAACAAAGAACAAUAUCAAGGAAGGUAGCAAUCUAUUAGGCUCACCGACUUUCAAACAACUCGAUAAUGGCCGAUUCAAAUGCGUCGAAACUGGCCAUGAAUUACCAGCCCACGCUCAGGACUCCUAUUCUCAGAGCAAACGGUGUCGGAUUGGCCUUAUCGAUUUUUCUUUGGCUCACAAAAAGCCCCCUCUUAACAUGUUCAAGCAAGACCCUCUCAAUAGCUCCAAGUUAAUUUGUAAAUUAACUGAUGAUACUAUAAACAAGUCUGAAGAACAUAUAUGGAAGCAUAUAAAUGGAAAGCGAUUCUUCAAUAAACUCGAGCAAAUGGAAGCUGGUAAAUUGUCCAGUAGUGGAGAUGUUGAAGAGAAGGGUGAAAAACAAGGAAAGGCAGGAUUAAAGAAGGAGGAAAAUGGUGCAGAGAAGAAAAAGAAAAAACAAAAAAAGAUGAAGGAAACGAAGAAGGAAGAAAUAGUUUCUGAGAUGAGGGAUUCACCAGGAUUAAAGAGGAAGGAAAAUGGUGCAGAGAAGAAAAAGGAAAAACAAAAAAAGAUGAAGGAAACGAAGAAGGAAGAAAUAGUUUCUGAUAGUGAUUUAGAGGGACUUGAAUUCUGGAUGCCUCCUGCUGGCGAGCGCUGGGACUUUGAUGAUGGGGGAGAUAGGUGGGGAUCAGAUUCCGAAUCUGGUGAUCAACAUGAUGAAGAUGGCGAGAAAGGUGAAACCUCGAUAUAGAGGAUAUCAGCAGAACUAAGAUGUCAUCACAACCACUCCUUGCCGACUAUAUCCUUUCAUAACGCACCAGCUAGUUAUCCUGAACGGUCCCACCAAAUAAACCCCUGGUGCGUUUCAAAGUACAGCUGUUGUGGAUGUGGAAGCAGAGAGCAGUCUGAGUAUCAUGAGUGAUUUAUCUGGCCUGAAUGGUUUCUCUGUAAUGCUUCCAGUUCCUAUAAGCUUUCAGGUUUUUAGGCCUUCCAUUGUCAUUUCCUGCCGUUGUAUACAAGAGCAGUUGUGUGGUGUUAGAGUAUUUAUUAAUUGUGUAAAAGCAAAUACAUUUUUACUGAUGUAAGGACUCAUAUUUGUACUGCUGUAUACAACGGACUUUCAUUUCC